UUUCUUGUAGUGAGGGGCAAAUAUGAAGAUGAAAAUAUACAGCUUCUCAUGUGAACUUAAACUGAACAGUUGUCCUGCUUGAGCAGGACAAAGGAGAAGUCACUGUUAUAUAAAAAAAAAAAGGCUGGGGAAAUGUAUCAGGAGUUACUGGGGAAAUGAAAAAAAACCACUGUCUCAGAUAUAAAAAGGAAAUCUCUUAAAGAUGAGGCCUACUGGAAAGAAAGAAGGAAUGGGAACCUGCAACAUUGCUUUGAGUUUGUGGAGGAAACUGAAAUGUAGAACUUCAGAGAAAAAGGGUUGGUUAAAAAAGUGAAAUCUGAAGAAGUGUCUUUGACAAUAAUGGAAACAUUUUGUUAAAAAAAAGUUUAAGCGCUCCGGGUAAGAUGAAAGUAUUCAUAAGGUUGUAUUUGAGUUGGUUGAUUGGCAAUAGAAGAGUCAAACAAAGCAGAGGUAGGUUCGUAUUACUCAGCAAGCCGCAGGGACUAAGGAGAAGAGAGAUGUUUGCUUCCAUCACAGCAAUUGUCUAGAGCUGAGAUCAGCCCCAGUAAUGCCCCAGAAGAGGGGCUGCUCAUAUAAAAGUUGUAGAAAAGACUGGUAGAAUGGGAGUGGGGAGCAGAAUGUCAGCAGGUGGCUGUGCUGCUGCAGGCGGCCUUGAGACUUCUGCUGGGAGGGAGGGCCGCAGAGCUCCUGUCCUGGGAGCUGUGGACCUCGUGUGUGGACGCUGGGGAAGGCCCUGAGAUCUUCCUAUUUCAUUUUCUGGGCAAGUGAAGAUGCACUGGAGAAACCUAAGAAAUUCUCAAAUGCACUGAAGGCUGCUUUUCCAGGAAGCUGAAAAUGAUGAGGCCAAAAAAACCCGCUGAUACUGAAUGGUGUGUCAAAAGAAAAGGAAAACAUGAGGAAAACUUAUGGAGAGAACCAAGUGCUGAAGCAUGGAAGUCAUGAAUAUAAAUGGUUAAAGAAAUGGCAGAAAUAAAUAAAAUGAAAAAAACAAGAUCUCUGUAGUAAACUUUCUACACUUUCCAGGUCUACAAAGCAAUUUAGCUGUGUUUGCAAUCAGUCCAGAAAAUAACAGCCAUUUAUAACAAAAGGUGUUCUUCCAUUGGGGUGCAUCCUAAAGUGACCUUACAUUUAGGUCUGGGCUUGGCUCCCUGAAUACACAGCAGUCAGCUUUUCUGAAGUUCCUAAUACUUCCAUUACAAUCCUUCAACUUGAAUUUCAAAAAAAGUGCAUUACAACUGAAAACAUUAAUUACAUAAUUUCUAAUCAGUUAAUCUUCUGUACCUAGCAGUUAGCAUGUCAGGGAAAAACCUAUGAAACUUGAGAAACCUAUGAAACCUGAGCUGGAAGAGGGCUGGAAAUACAUCAUAUCUUCCAAACACGUUGUGAGUUUUAUAUUAACAGAUUAGUAAACAAAUUACAGGAGGGAGAAAAAGGAUCCACACAAAGCUUUCAGCAUACUAGCUAGCAUAUGCAAUUGUCUGCCAUGCGUUGGCUAUAAUUUUGAAGAGAUAUUGGAGGCUGUAGAAUUGAAUGCCUUAUGUAAAUGGAAUUAUGAAAGUGAUUUUCUUGCUUUUGUGAAUUAACAUGUUGGCUGUGCUGAAUAAACGUUAAGAGGUUUGGUCUCACCAUUCCUGGGAAAUAACAGAAUACAAAGCCGUGUGGUUAUUUCAGAGAUGUUUUUCUUUAGGUUACUGGAGGUCCUCUGAUUACCUUUGGUCAAGCUCAUGGUAAAGUAAAACUUCAGGAAGUUUACCUGUCCUCCUGAUAAAGGUGGCAUUGGUGACAGAAGAAGGACAAGAAUGAUUACAUAUCUGUAACUCUCAGCAGUAUGUCAGGUGUCUGAUGAACCACUUCAGAAGAGAAAAUGUCAUUCCCACACAUAUAUGUACACACACACAUAUUUGAAUGCCCACGUAUUUUGCCCUAAAUUCAAGCUAUAUUAAAUGCAACAGAGGAACACACCCAGGAUAUAUACCCAGUUACUUAGACAAGGAUGAGCUAUGUGUAGUUUGUGGGGACAAAGCCACCGGAUAUCAUUAUCGCUGCAUCACCUGUGAAGGUUGCAAGGGAUUUUUCAGAAGAACCAUUCAGAAAAACCUCCAUCCAACCUAUUCCUGUAAAUAUGAAGGAAAAUGUGUGAUAGACAAAGUAACAAGAAAUCAGUGCCAGGAAUGUCGCUUCAAAAAAUGUAUCUUUGUUGGCAUGGCAACAGAUUUGGUGUUGGAUGACAGCAAGCGUCUGGCAAAAAGGAAGCUGAUAGAAGAAAAUCGAGAGAAGAGGCGUCGGGAAGAGCUGCAGAAAACAAUUGGUCACAAACCAGAACCAACAGAUGAGGAAUGGGAGCUGAUCAAAAUUGUCACUGAAGCACAUGUGGCCACCAAUGCACAAGGAAGCCACUGGAAGCAGAAAAGGAAAUUUCUGCCAGAAGACAUUGGGCAAGCACCAAUAGUUAAUGCCCCAGAAGGGGGGAAAGUGGAUUUAGAAGCCUUCAGCCAGUUUACAAAAAUAAUCACACCAGCGAUUACAAGAGUGGUGGAUUUUGCCAAAAAGUUGCCUAUGUUUUGUGAGCUGCCAUGUGAAGACCAGAUCAUCCUUCUGAAAGGCUGCUGUAUGGAGAUAAUGUCCCUCCGAGCAGCAGUUCGCUAUGACCCCGAGAGUGAGACUUUAACACUAAAUGGGGAGAUGGCGGUGACAAGGGGCCAGCUGAAAAAUGGGGGUCUUGGCGUAGUGUCUGAUGCCAUUUUUGACCUGGGCAUGUCUCUUUCUUCAUUUAACCUGGAUGACACCGAGGUUGCCCUUCUCCAGGCUGUUCUGCUCAUGUCAUCAGAUCGCCCAGGCCUUGUUUGCGUCGAGAGGAUAGAAAAGUGUCAAGAGGGUUUCCUCCUGGCAUUUGAACACUACAUUAAUUACAGAAAACACCAUGUUGCACAUUUUUGGCCAAAACUGCUGAUGAAAGUGACAGAUCUGCGAAUGAUUGGAGCCUGCCAUGCCAGCCGCUUCCUGCACAUGAAGGUGGAGUGCCCCACAGAACUCUUCCCUCCGUUGUUCCUGGAGGUGUUUGAGGAUUAGAGAGACUGGAGCGGUCCUCUGCACCCCUGUCGCACUACUGGCUGUCAUUUCAUUCCAUUGCCCAGCUCUUCUCACACCUGUUUGUUCUUCUUUUGUUCUCUUCUGAUUCUUGAGAUGGGGUUGGGCUUUUGUUUGAGUUUUUCUUUGGGGUUGCUGGGGGCAGUUGUAUACACAUGGAUGAAAACAUCCCUUUCUGCUGGUACUUGUGAUUAUUGCAAUUUGUUCUUCAGUCCUUUGAUGUGAAUGCUUUGACAGCUUAACAGUGAAAAUAGAAACAGACCAGUUUCAUUCACCAGCACUUGCGUGGUCACCAGCUCACAUGCAUCAUUGCUUGGAAAACAUGGGAGAUAAAUUGAAGUGGCAGAAAAUAAAUUAGCCUCCAAGUUAAAACAGCUAUUUAUAAUUUGAUCCUGGCAAUUCUGUCUGCUGUUACCUCACUUUGCAGGGUACUAGUGACCAUUUCAUGAGAUGAAAUUUCUAGUCUUCAUGGUUGUUUCUAUUGUAAUGAUCACCCUUAUGAUCUAGGACCUUCAUCAUUGUCAUGAUCCCAUCAUUAUCUUAGGAUUGUUCCAAUGGACAUGGUUUAACAGUGCCCCAUAAAUCAAGUAUUUAGUGUAUGCAAAAGUGAGGGAAGGGACUGAAUCAUUUUUUUCCAUGUGUACAGAAAGUAAGAUUGUUUGGUUCUUACUACUCCAGGUAACUUCACCGGAAGCACUGUUGGGGGAAGGAGGGAGAUUUGAUUCUCUGAGAUGCUUUUUCCUGAGUAGGGAAGUCUGCUUUUUCUGAGCUUUGUGGUAAAUUCAGCACUCUGAAGGAGUAGGCUGUUUGUCAGAAUAGCAUAUUUCCUAUGAGUUAUUCAGGGAUGUGAAUGAAUGAAACGUAUGGGAUGACCAUCAGAGGGAACAGAAACCAACUGUGUUAUUGAUGACACUCAAGACUCUACAGCUUUGUCCCAGUAGUACAGAUAGUAUUGCUUGGCAGUAAUCUUUUGUUUUAUAUAUAUAUAAAGUUUAUAUGCACGUAUAUAUAAUAUUUUAUAUAUAUAUAAUUAUGAAUCUUCAGCAGAUGUCUUAAACAUAUUUCUGUGUUUUUAUCAUCUCUCUCUCAUUCCUUCUCUUACCCUCUCCUGUGUGUGUAUGUGCGUUGAUCAGCUAGGUUCUAGGUUCUCCCCUCCUUUGUGUGUGUAUGUGUUCUGUUUGGCUAGUUCCUCACUUGAUUCCUUCACAUAAUUUAUUUCCACUAACUGCACUAGCAGAAACUUAACUGAAAGAUAGGAAGUCCAGCUGCCAAAAUCUGCAAGUCAGUACUCAGUGAUGCUGGACUGUUUGAAGCUGGUAAUGAGGGCUUUAUUGGUAGAGAGUGAUUCCUUUCUGUUAUCCAUCACCAUUCAGGGAUGUGGUCCCUGGAUUUUAUAAACUUGAUAUUAAACCAUUCUCUGAAUUUGUAUGAUACAUCAAAAGCAUUCUUCUGUUCUUCCUGGAAACUCAAGAGACCUGUUUUGCACUUCCUUAUAUCCCACAUUCUUUUGAGUUGUGCAUUCAUUUGUACCAGUUUCUGUCUCUGCUGUUCAUUGAUACAUUUGCCUGGAAACUCAGUGGGCACUGUUAGAACUGAUGUGUUGAUUUUCAAAGCUCACGCCCCAUGUCCAAACCCAUAUGUUAUAUAUUUGUCCCCUCAUAAGAUCACAGUACUCAGGAAAAUACUUAGGUGGAGCACAGUAUCUUUGUGCCAGGGAUUGCAUUCUUUUCACCUCCAUUUCCCUUUAACAUUGAUGAAGUGUUUGGAGUGCUAUUGGCUCUAUUGUCAGGGUUAUGGAAUCUUGUUGUGCCUGUUCUUUGAUAUCAUAUGUACCCAUGGUGAGUGUUGAGUGUUGAUGUUAUUCCUUAGGAGUUAAGCCCAUAAUUCCAUUAGAAUAUAAAACACAAUGGGAUGUUCAGGGCUUUUUGCAGGUACCAAGUAGGCAGGUCUUCAGAAAUAAGUCUUUAAAUGCUUGCUGAAAUUGAAGAACCUCUGUUGUGGGCUGGCUCCAUUUGCUCAAUCUCAAAAGGUGUGCUAGCAACACAGAUUCCGUGUAGAGCACUACAUCUUGGGGACAACAAUCAGGAAACUUCUAGCCUUUGGAACAAGAGAUCACACAACAAGAAAAGCUUACGUCUUCAGUUCUGCACAGUCUCAGAUGAGCAGCAUCUGCAGUAAGUGAAGAGUAUUAGAUAUGUGAUUUGAGGGUGGCUUGGUAGGGCACUGAUAGUAUAUAGGGAAAGCAAAAAAAAAAAAUAGCAUCUAUACCCAAAUGGCUCUCAAGAAGUUAUCUUUUGGAGGUUUGUACUCCCAGAAUCAUGGAGUUCCUUCUGAAACCAGCCUGAGUAUCUCAUCUACUUGCUAAAUGUGAGCUUGAGUUAGUGUAAAAACUUGUAACUGUGCUGCAGAUGAGACCAAGGAGAAGGAAAGACACUUUCUCCUGGUAGUAUUCACAGUGACCUCACUGCAGGCUCCAUGAUAUUUUAUGUGUUUCUCAGAACCUCAGUUUCUUAGAGUCACGCUGCUGCCUGAGAGGUUCAGUCUGUCAUUAAGAUCAACAUUUCUCAUCCUCUGGGUUAUAAAGAAAAACAGCAGCCUAAAUGUUGAGGUUCAAAGUCAAUACUCAGUGAAUACUCAGACUUCUUACUGUCUUUUAACUACUGGGGCCCAGACUACUGGCUUUUGAACGCUUGGGAGUGUUGGGACUGCGUUAAUCAAAAAAUAAAGGUCAGAAGUUAGAAAAAAUGUGAGAGUUACUGAAUUGGCAUGGGGAAGCAGCAAGAGAUGAAGGAACUUGCAACACCUUGGACAGGACUGCAGCUUGAGGUAGUGCUGAGAACAAACGUUUUGCACAGGCUGAUGUAAAAAUCAUUGCUCAUACAGGAAUUUGUCUGCUACGAAGUUUUAAAAGACAGCCAAAACAGGUGGAUGUCUGAAUUCAAGCAUGUCAAGCUGCAUUUAGACAUCCAAGCUCGUGGCCUGAUUUCCUGAUACUGAAGCAGUUUGGUGUUGCAGCUAAUCAGGAUUCAGCAAACUGAGAAUCCUCUGUUAGAUGAUUGCAGAUGGGCAAUUAGGCAACCAACUUGAAAAAGUUUAGUAGUCCUUUAAGCAGUAAGGAUAUUAUCAGUGUGCUUUUCUAGCUUUUUAGAUUACAUUGGAAUCUGGUUUUGAUUAACCAAGGGGGAUUAGUAGCAUUCCUUAACAGAAGACUAAAAUACCAAGCUCUUAGUCUGAUAUCUAAUCACCUCUGAUCUCGUACCAGUCUUACUGUGUGUGUUCAUUGACUUCCUCAGUCUGACUCCUGAUUUACAUGAUCACAAGAGCAAAACUAGAAUCUGCGAGGAUGCUUUUGCGGUCUCUUACUGGUGAAUGCUGAACUUGAUCCUGCAAUGACUCAGGUCACUGUAGGACCGAGCUGCUGGAUUUACCAUCUGAGUGGCAGACCUCAGUCAGCAGGGUCUGUAGGACCUGUCCUUCUGAGGGAAACAACAGACGGCACUUUUCACUGCAGUUCAGGGUCUUGUUUCUGAUGGUGCCACAUACCCUUUGUUUUUGCUUUGUGAUCUACGCGUAGGUCUUGCGUAAGACAUGCUUCCUAUCAACCUGAUGGUCAUCGUUCAUGGUUUUGCCCCGAGUAACACACACAUUUAGGUACUCAUUUCAUGUGACAUCUCAGUUAAGUUAUGAUAUUUAUAAUGACAUAUAACAUGCAUAAUAAUGAUUUUUGUUUACAUUCUGCCAAAAUGUAGGCAUUAGAGUUAGACCUCUGAGAUCCAAAACCAUCCUUGAGCAAAAUGCUUGCUUCUUCAGAGGCAGGCAUCAGAAAGUGAAAAAAAAAACUGUCCAGAAUGAUCAGCUGUAUCCGAAAUCUGCCAAAACAGGGCUGUUGAUCACAAGCAGAGCAUGUCAUUGCUAGCAAUGCAUUUUUAUGCUAUGGAACUCUAACCUGUAUGUGUCAUAUUGACUUUUUGCUGCAUGAAUCAUAAAUUAUAAAAAUCAGUCCUAUGGUUUUGAGAUGUAGCCAGCAUUCCUAAGGCUAAACCUUUUUCAUUGACUGAAUCAGAAUCCACAACCAAGGAACGUACUCCUCUCACUGUGAGAGCAGUUGAAAGAGUUGAACGUUUAUCUUUUCUCAAAGGAAGAGGCAGUAGGACCUCUUGAUGUGUCUUGUUAUUGUGAUCAUCUGGAAAUGAUUGCCAGACGUUUCCUUUUGAUAUAGCGAUGAAGUGAUCCGUAUUUAAAUUUUAUAGAGAGAAAUUUUAUUCUAGUGUGAUAGAGAUUUAUUUUCCACUUAAAGACUCAAAACAAUGUGAGCACAUUUUUUUACUACGGUAUAUUUUUGCUUUAAAAUUAAAAACAAAACAAAAAAAAAAGAAAAAAAAGGUUUGGCCUUACCACAAAGUUUUAGUGUGUCGUAUAGAUGUUAGCAAAUGCAAAGAGUAUGCAUUAUUUGUGUGUAUCCACAUUGACUGAUGUCGCCUUCAAAAAGCAAUAUUGUGCAGGUAAUAAGUUGUUUGUGACUGUCCAUUGCACAGUUUACCUUCUUUAAAAGCUAACCUUGUUUAUGCACAAGACAAUCAAAUGUAAAUCUACAUCAACACCGGGGUGUAGAUUAAAUUCAUGUAAAUUACUGAGCACAAUGUAAAACAUUAAAAGACACUUUAUUUAAUUACACACUUAA